AUGUUUAAAGAUGACGAUGACAAAGAAGAAGGUGCAGCCUUCGGAAUUACCAGGUACCAGUGCAUGCCAUCGUUGGUUGCCUUGCAGCAGAUGAGAAACCGUCUUCACCUGGCUUUUCUCGGCAAGAAGUUGAUGAAAUGGACAGCUUUAGCCACCGGCAGAGAGAUGAGGCGCCUCGCCCAGGAGUUAUACGACGUGUACGAGGGUUUUGGAGAGGAGUUGAGAAAUGCCUUCAUUCUACUCGCCAGAUGUCGCUACUUCUCACCACCAUUAAACAGCAUAGUCUUAGAAGAUAUUGGACAAAAGGCUGGUGUGUUAGUACAUCAAGCUACUAAGACGGUGUCGGCAGUGAAGAUUGUACAAUUUGAUAUAUUUGAGACUGAAUAUCCCCCUUAUCCUCAUUUGGGAUUGGAGAAAGGAGGCCAGACUAUUUACGAGACGAAGAAAGCUUGGCUGGAAUUGCUGAAGCGACUUAUCAUGAUGAUGCAGCUGAGAGCCAGUUUCCUCAUGGUGGAAAUAGCGCACAAAAAUGCCAAUAAGAAAAUGAACGUUUUGGGAAAAGUUGUGAUACCGAGAACAAAUGUAACGAUGGAAUAUAUAAAUAACGAGCUGGAGGAAUACGCGAGAGAGGAGUUUUUUAGAUUAAAAAAAGUAUUGGAAAUUAAAAGGAAAAUGUACGGAGAUAAGGAUGGGAAGAAAGAAAAACCGAAGGACCCUGGGGAUUUAUCGUUGUGUCCAGGUUGUCUAAGUGACGAGGAUGAAACAAAAGAACUAGAGAUAAAAACACCCGAGGAGGAAGUACCGACCUACAACGAUAUGAUGCAAGAGAGCCAACUCAACGAACUUAUAAAACAAAUAAGCGAAGUAGUCGAUACCACUAAAGAUAUGGAUAAAAAGGGACUAGUAACAGCCAGUGUUGAGGAUUUUAUAAAGACAGCAGAGGAAUUGAAAGCGAAGUUGGCACAAAAAUCGGAAUUAGACGAGAAAGAGAAUGCGAAAAAUGUAGAGGAUGAACUGGAGAAGGUAGAAAGAGAAUUAGAAGAUAUGGAUGAAAAUCCUAGCAUAGAUCCGCAACUUGAAGAGGAUAUGGAUGAAAAUAAAAUAUGCGACAAGUGCAAAAACAAAUGUAUAAUGAAAGAUAAAGGCAAAGAUAAAGAUAUACAAUCUGUUGUGUUUGAAGAUGACGAUUCAAUAAAGUCUACAGCACCAAGGACCGCGACGGACUCUAAGUCAAUGUCGGGUGUAUCUGAUGAAACUGUCCAACUAAAACAAUCAUUAAGCCAAGAGGACUUUCCUGAUGAUUCUGAUUCUGAUUUGGGGGCAUUCGAGAGAGAAGUAAAAGAAAUAACAACAAUAACUAGAACGAGAAACGACGAUGGAUCUGUUAGUGUGCAAAAGAAGAUCAUAAAAAUUGAAAGGCAAUUUAGACCCGUGCGGAACCAGGGUUCCCAAGGUACUAGCCGAUAUGAUUCUGGUAAUCCAUCAAGAAAUGCGUCCAAUCAGCCAUCGACUACUUCAUCCAGGAAAUCAAAUCCGUAUUCGGGUUCAAAAACUGUUGGUUCCAUAAAAGUUCCAAUACCUUCGUAUAAAUCUAUAUUCAUACCAAAUCAAAUUGUAAGGAAGUCUAAAUCUGAACCAUUCAAUCAUUAUGCACCGAUGUCUGAUCCUAUAGAAAGACAGUGUCUAUCAUCGGGAACGCUGCUUUCAGCAGAUGUAGAUUUUAAUAUUAAUCCAAUAAGAAGUAAUAAUUCUGUAUUCGGAGAAAUUAGACCAAAUCACAGGAAUGGAUUUUGCAAUCAAAGUCAUGUAAUAAAAAUUGAGAGCUACCAACAGAAGAAGAAUUUUGAUAACAAAGAUUUAUCAGAUUUGGAAGAUAAUAAAAUGUUGUUUCCACCUGAUAACUUGUUUAGUGAUACCGACAAUAGUAAUUCAAUUACCGAUGCGAUAAUUAAUCCAAAAUGUAACGAAAGACUAGAGCUAGAGGAAAUUGAAAGGGAGGACAACUUUAGAUUGAAAAGAUUCAAAGAAUUAAAAAUUAAAAAACAAAGAGAAGCUGAUGGACCAGCGGUAAAACCACAACCGAAAGAAUCGACAACGAAUAUAGAUGAAAAUGAGGAUACCUCUUAUAAAUCAGAAAAACUUUCUGCGUGUGAUCUAAGUUCUGUCUGUGUAUGUCCACCUAUUACAGAUGGAGGCGAUGAAUUGGUAUCCAUGAAGAUAAUCGACUUUAUAGACCAAAGAGACUUCAGCUUAGACUCUUUUAGAGCAUUCAAAAAUAAAACUGAGAGUAGAACUGGUAGUAUAUUAAAAUUAUUCCAAAACGAGAGUAGAAACUCAAAAAUAACAACAAUAAGGGAACUUAAAGACUUUAAAGAGGAAGGUUUAAACGAUUCAGAUUCAAUACCUUGUGUAUGUCAAUCUCAACAUAGAAUGAGUAGUAUAAUUACGAACGAAGAGGUAUGCUGUAGAAGAGUAAGUGAAUCACAAAGUGUAUUGUGGAGACAAGCGUCGGGAGCCAUCCCAUGUGUUUGUCAAGCUAAAGCAAUUGAAUUUAUCGACCAAAGAGAAGCAGAAAAGGAUGGCAGCUACAUUGAACCGCUAUUUUCAACUCCAGAUUCCAGAAGCGUUUGUUGUAAGACUAAAACACCGUCAAUUGAAUUUAUAGAUCAAAGAGAUUCCCGUUUUGGAAGCUUUUCGAAUUCAAGUAACGCAGGCUCUAAAAAGGACGGCAGAACAACUAAUUAUUUCAUUUACUGUUCCAUUUCCAUUGUAAGAGGAGGAAAAAAAAUUAUGCAACAAGCAAAACCAACUUGUUGUAACAAAUCACAACAAAUUGAAUUUAUAGAUCAAAGGGAGUUAAAUAGUCAAAUGAGAGUUAAUUCCGACCCAAAAUCCAACUGUUGUAAUAAAACACAACAAAUUGAAUUUAUAGACCAAAGAGAGGGUAAAAGUGAAAUAAAAUCUAUUCCUGAUUCAAAAGCUAAUUGUUGUAAUAUUAAGAAACAAAGAGAACAAAUUGAAUUUAUAGACCAAAGAGAGACAAACGGUGAAAUGAGAGUUAGUUCCGACCCAAAAGCCACCUGUUGUAAUAAAACACAACAAAUUGAAUUUAUAGACCAAAGAGAGGGAAAAAGUGAAAUAAAGACUAUUCCUGACUCAAAAGCCGAUUGUUGUAAUAUUAAGAAACAAAGAGACCAAAUUGAAUUUAUAGACCAAAGAGAGUUAAACAGUGAAAUUAAAUUUAUUCCUGACUCAAAAGCGAAUUCUUGUAAUACUAAGAAACAAAGAGAACAAAUUGAAUUUAUAGACCAAAGAGAGUUAAAUAGUCAAAUGAAGUUUGCUCCUGACGCAAAAGUUGGUUAUGGUAAAUCACAACAGAUUGAAUUUAUCGACCAAAGACAGAUAGAUGAUGGAACGAAAUUUAUUCCUGACUCCAAACUGGAGUAUGGUAAAUCAAAAGAAAUUGAAAUUAUUGAUCAAAGAGAGCUAGAUACUGGAAUGAAGUUUAUUCCUGAAUCAAAAGAGAAAUCUCAUAAAACACAACAAAUUGAUUUCAUAGACCAAAGAGAGAUAGAUAAUGGCUUGAAAAUUAUUCCCUACUCAAUAGUAGAUGAUCGUAAACCACAAAAAAUUGAAUUUAUAGAUCAAAGAGAGAUAAAUGAUAUGAAAUUUAAUUCCGACUCGAAAACCAACUCUAAUAAAACACAACAAAUUGAAUUUAUAGACCAAAGAAUGAGAAAUAAUGAAGUUUAUGUUGUAAAUGACUUAAAAACUUCCUGCUGCAAAUCUAGCGCACCAUCAAUUGAAUUUAUAGAUCAAAGGGAUGAAGGAAGAGCAGCUAAUUUGAAUACACAAAAGCCAUGCGGCGGUGAAACAAGAAAUGAAAAUAAUAUGAAAGAAGAGAAGAUUGAUUCAAGAACUUCUUGUUGUAAAUCUAAAUCACAAUCAAUUGAAUUUGUAGAUCAAAGAGAAAUAGAGAAAAAUGGUAAUUCAAAUGCAAAUAACGCUGACUGUAACGAAAGAAACAAUGAAAUGAAUUCAAAAACAUCUUGUUGUAAAUCCAAAUCGCAAUCAAGAGAAUGUACGGACAAAGAAAAUAGAAGAAACGAAGGUAAUUCAAACGAAAAUAAUGUAUGUUGUAAAGAAGAAUGUCAAAUUAAUACGAAGGAUAUGAAUUUAAAAGAUAAAAUUAAAUUUAAAUCCAACUCAAAAACGGCCUAUUGCAAAUCUAAAUCUUUAGAUUUCAUAGAGGAAAGAAAAUUAUUAAAAAAAGAUUCAAGUGAUUUCAAAAAUCGCGAGACAGGAACUUAUAUGUCCUUGUUAAAAAAUAACAAAGAUAUUUGUUCGUCUUGUAAAUCGAGUAGUUCGCAGUAUGCUGGAAAUAGUUCAAAUGUAACACCAUCUUUAGACAUUAAUACAGAUUUUAGUGGUUCAGUUUUUCAAAAUCCAGAAUCAUAUAUAGAAAGUGCUACCCAAAGUAUUUGCAGUCACUGUUCAGUCGCAAACAAAAAAUUACCAAGCGAUGAUGCACUUAAGUCUCUAUCUUCUGGUAAUAAUUGUACUAACAUACGUGAAAAACAAUUACAGGAUAAAAAAGGCAGUUCAAAACAUAUUGGUAAGGGACGUAAGGCAAAAAGUGAAAAUAGUGAUACAGGAUUUAAACAAAUUGUAAAAGAAGUAAAAGAAACGAAAAUAACCUGUAAGAAUGGCAGCAUCAAAACUGAACAGCGGAGUAAAAUAAUAACAAAUGAGAAAAACAACUUACCAUGCAGUAAAUGUCAUUCAGAAAGCCUGGUUUACAAAAAACCAAGGAAUGCAUCAUUACAGAAAUCAAUAAAAUCACUUAAAUCAAUAAAUCUAAGUAAAUUUAAAAUUUUUACAUCCUGUUUUGUUCCCAAAGGAAAAUCUCAAUCUUCUUGUAGUGGGGUUUCUCAAUGUUCAGAGGUAGAUAAAAAUUGUUCAGAAGUUUUAAACAAAAGUAAUCCGUCCACCUCUGAAUGCUCUGUCGCUUCCGUCAAUUAUAGCAGUAGUGAUAAAACGACCACUUGUUAUAUGUGUACAGGAACACAAACUAACGAUCAGGCGAAAAAGGUUCAAACCUGUCCAAGUUUAAGUUGCGGGAGACCAUCGAAAGCAAAUUCCAAAUCUAGUAUCAAUAUUAGAAUAAUUGCUAAGAGUGGUAACGUAACACCGAAGGAGGGCACAAAUGACAUUGAACUCACACCCAGUGACUUCAACAUACUCAAGAGAAUACUUAUACGGGCGAGCAAGUCUUCAGCAUGUAUUUCGAAAUCAAAAAAGUCGAAAUCUAGUUCUAAGAGCAGUUGCAGUUCUAGUUUAAGUGGCAAAUCCUCAAGUUCACCAAAAAGGAAACUAUCUCCUUGCCGUAAUGACAAGUGUACACGAAAAGAACCAAAGAAACACAAUUGCCAACUGGAGAAUAAAGUACCUUCUGCACAGAGUAGCAAGUCAACGGUGACCUCAAAGUGCACUUGUUCCUCUGCAUGGAAAGUUAAAUCAUCCGCUUCAAUAGAAAGAGAACCCCCUCCCUGCCACCAAGACAUGGUAAAAAGUACCCCAGAUCAAACAAAAAAAUGCAAUUAUUUUAAUAGAAAAGUGAAAAGCGAAACAGUUCAGUUUGGUCCACCGUGUUGUAGUGUCCGGAAUUCUGAGAAAAGCGUGUCCACUGCAUCUAUAGUUGAUUCAUGCACUAAGCUACUAUCUAAAAUUGUUAAAAAACAUUCAUGCGUAUCAAAUGCCAAAACGAAAUCGUCGUCUGCAAUAAAAGUUGAUGGUAAAAUUUGCACUUGUAAUAACAAAAAGGGCAUUGAUGCAAAGGAAUGUGUAUGUAGCAAAUCUAAAAACAUGAUACAGAAGACAUGUUCGUGUAGUAAAACGAAAGAAAAAGACAAAUGCUCAUGUAACAUUAUCGAGACUAAGAAAAGUAAAUGUACCUGUUCAACACCAAAACAAUGUACAUGUAAAAAAUCACCGAAACGAUUUCCAAGCGAUUGUGAUAGAAAGUCAAACAGGCCAACGGAAUACUUGGACAAGCUUGAAACGAAAUACUUCAGCAAGAACUGCUGCAAAUCAGGAACCCCGAGUGAUGUUUUUUCAUCCGGUAGCAAUGAUUCCAAAACAAAUAACGUCGCCACACAGAAAUGUUCAAAGCAUUCCUGUAACUCAGUUUGCUCGCAGGAUAAAUUUGUCGUUGAAGUACCUUCGCAGUGCUCGUUCUGUGGAGUGAAGGAAGCUUCGACUAUGACAAGGAGAUCUGAUAGGUAUGAUGUUAGGCCGCUGAGAUUACUAGCCAGAAGGAAGCAGUACUUCUGCUGUCAAUCCGAUACAGGUUUACUUUCGCGUGCUAAAGCCUUAAAAAUUAAAAUAACAAGAUGUCGUUCAGCGGAUGAUAGGAGACGUUAUUGCAAUUAA